CAUCGACCCGGAAUUCUCGGGUCGCUUUUGGGUACCUGACUCCGACCCAUGAACCCAUCCCAAAAAAAAAAAAAACACAUACACAAAUCAAUUUUAUUCAAGUAACGCUCACACUGAAAAAACGAAAACCAGUUUUUUGCUGCGAAGAAGAAGAUCACCAGAAUGAACAGGUUGAUAGAGAGGAAAAUUGCUGAAAAUGUUUAUAGAUUGAAAGCUCCGAAGAAGAAUUUAUGUACUGAUACAACUGCUAAAGUGCCCAGUUCAAAUCCUGGCCAACCUGGACAAGUUCACCAACAUGAUAUUGCCAUUGUUGGAGGGGGUAUGGUUGGCAUGGCCCUUGCUUGUUCCUUAGCAAGCAUGCUGUUGACAAAGCAUUUGAGCGUUGCCAUUAUUGAUAGCAACCCAGCACUAUUUAAUGGAGUCGGCGUCAAGAAAGAAGGCACUCCUGAUCCAAGGGUCAGUACAGUAACCCCUGCAACUAUAUCGUUCUUCAAAGAUAUUGGUGCCUGGAAAUAUGUUGAGGAUAAUCGGCAUGCAUAUUUUGAUAAGAUGCAGGUUUGGGACUACACCGGGUUAGGAUAUACAAGAUACAAUGCAAGAGAUGUAAAUAAGGAUGUUCUCGGGUGUGUUGUGGAGAAUAGAGUUCUACAUAGUUCCUUGUUGUCAUGUAUACAGAGUACAGAUUUCCCGAAGACUAUCUAUCCAUCCAAAUUAAUGACUUUACAUCAAAACUCUUCAUCCAUGGGGGUGGGCAGCACAUCAUCUGCAUCACCAUCAUGUGAGCGGGGGCACCCAGUAAAGCUGGAUCUAAGUGAUGGAAGCAGCCUAUGCGCUAAGUUGGUGGUUGGAGCUGAUGGGUCCAAGUCACGUGUUAGGGAGUUAGCAGGAUUUAAAACUACGGGAUGGAACUAUUCACAGAGUGCAAUCAUCUGUACGGUAGAGCAUAGUGUUGAAAAUCAUUGUGCAUGGCAGCGAUUUCUACCUGCUGGGCCAAUUGCGCUCUUGCCAGUAGGUGAUAAUUUUAGUAACAUUGUUUGGACAAUGAACCCGAAAGAGGCGGCUGAUCGUAAAGUGAUGAAUGAGGGUGAUUUUUUGAAAGAUGUAAAUUAUGCUUUGGAUUAUGGAUAUGGUCCUCAUCCCAGGUCAAGCACGUUGGGAAAUGGAGGCAUAUUUUCUUGGCUUAAACCGGAUGUGACAUUGUCAGCUAAUGAAAGCUUUGAGGUUCCACCAAAAGUAGUCAAGUUGGCUUCUGAAAGGAUGGCAUUUCCGUUGUCGUUGAUGCACGCUAACAACUACGCGUCAAAGCACGUGGUUCUAAUAGGCGAUGCUGCACAUACUGUUCACCCUUUGGCUGGUCAAGGAGUUAAUUUGGGUUUCGGAGAUGCCUCUUCUCUUUCAAGAGUAAUUGCUGAGGGUAUUGCAGUUGGAACCGACAUUGGGGAGGUAUCAUUGUUGAAGAAAUAUGAAGCAGAAAGGAAACUAGAAAACAUAGCAAUGAUGGCAGUCUUGGAUGGCAUUCAAAAGGCUUAUUCAGUUGAUUUUGGACCUCUUAAUAUAUUGCGUGCUGCCGCAUUCCAUGGGGCAAACUAUAUUUCGCCGCUUAAAAGGAGUAUCAUCUCAUACGCCUCCGGUGAGCAAAGAUUGCCAAUUUUCUCCUGAGAUGUUAUGUAAAUACGCCGAGUUAGAUACCCUUUGUUCAUUUUCAGCAAUUGAG